AUGUUGCGCAACUUUGUUUCCGCACUAUGGGCUCUUGUCUUGAUGGUGUCCGUUGCACAGGCUCAGUUCAACUUCUUCGAUCACAUGUUCAACGGCAACCAACAACAGCAACAGCACCAGCAAGGCUCUCAGAACGUACCCAGUGACAGUGGUCGGUACCAGAAUCAAUGGCGUCAAGGUAGCGCAAUGCAGCAACUACCUCUGCCCUGGAACCCUCGCAUGUGUCAGCUUCCCGCACCACUGCCCAUGCCCCCCCCCGAUGUUGAAGAAAAAGUCGAGCUGGGAGAGGGGAGUGCAAUUUGUGUGUCCAAGGGUGGUUUCAAAGCUGGCGAGGCGGCCCGAAAGAUCGAACUGGCCCGCAAGGGUCUCUUGUGA